CCGUGUUUUGUAAUUUCUUCUUGUUUCCUGGUGAGCCAAUGUACGUUUAGCAAUAAUCAGUAGCGACUUGGGUGGCUUAAUGGGAAUGCGUCUAUUUGAAAAGAUAUGAAUAUUAUGGAUAGCCAUGUGGGUACCCUUAUGCGAUUAUGCUCGAGAAAUCCUAUAUAUUCGCUGUCGUUGGCGAUCGGCCGAUUUAGAAGCGCCUUAAAAAUUGUGAGGUUCGUCGUGACAAUUGUAUUAAAGUGUAAAAUGAAAUCAAGCGCUCUAUUCGUGCUACUACUGGUUACGAUCGUACAAUCGAAGCCAAUCGAUAGAUCGAUAGACGAAACCGAAAAUGAAAUAGAGAAUGGAAGCCAAAGUGACUACAAAAAUUCUCCGGAUGAUCCAAAAGAUUCCAUAGCGGCUGGUAGCGAUUUAAUAACAGUGCCAAAGGACGUGGAAACUCAGAAAUCUGAUAAUGUUAAUCAGGAUAACAUUGAACUGGUCGAAACCACAACGCGGAUACCUCAACCGCCUGCGUCCUGGUUCCUGACGCCACUGCUUCAAAAAAUCCAAUUCUCUCCGCAAGCCUUCUUGCAAGACAGGCUGGGGCAAAUUAAAGAAAUUUUUAAGAACUUGGCAGCUGUCAAUCCACAGAAUGCAAAACAGUUGGCAGCAACUUCCGGUUUGUUAAAUCUCGUUGGCUUGAGCGAACCUGGAUUUUACACUGACCGUCUGGACGCUGCUGGUUUUCUUGGUGGUAACGGGUGGUUUGCUAAUAAGGGGGGAAUUCUUGGUGGACCCGGCGCACUGGUCUCCACCGGAAGUCUCCUUACAGAUUAUCCUACUCCUUACAAAAAAUAAAAAAAAAAUUAAUUAUCUAUCUCAAUCACAUGAAAAUGUAUAGUCAGUGUCGUCAUUAUUAUUUUGUUAAUACAUUGCGAUCGCCUUUUGUUCCGUCUUAGUGAAACAUUAGUUUUUGUAUACAAAUUUUUUGGAAAAUUAUGUGGAUUCAAAUUUAUUGUACAUUUUUUUUAUUUAUUUAAAUAAAAUAUACUGAUCAAAUAUAUUUUUUGUGAAAGUAAAAAAAGUGUGAUGCUAAGCGAAUUUCUUGGAACUGUCAGAGUAUUUUUUGAAAGUACAUUUAAAAGUUAUACUACUUACUGGUAUACGUAAGGCACGCCUGAACGUGGCUGAAUAUUGUGUAAUUCAUACGCGAGUGGAAAAAUAAAGAUUAAAGUAAAUCCUGAUGAUUUAUUUUCCGCGUGCUAUUUCAAAUACGUCUGUGCCUGGAUAACCUAUGGUACAUUAUUCGC